AUGCUUAAAUAUUCAGAUGUACCUAUCAGGCUACGAGGACCAUCGAGUGGAAAUGGCAUCGGUCGUGUCGAAGUUUUCUACAAUGGACAAUGGGGAACAAUCUGUGACGAUGGUUGGGAUUUAAAUGAUGCUAAGGUUGCAUGUCGUCAACUGGGAUAUAAAUAUGCUGACAGAGCUCUUCAAGGGAGCGAUGUUCCUGCUGGAACUGGCCAGAUAUGGUUAGAUAACGUAGGAUGUACUGCACGUGAUCAAAAUUUAAUCAGUUGUCAUCACAGAGGAUGGGGAAUACAUAAUUGCCGGCAUUCUGAGGAUGCGGGAGUAGAAUGCUCUGGAUUUG